AUGAUACAAGAUGAUUUAAUGGAUACAACAGUUCUAAAUCAAAUAUUUAAUGUUGAUAAAUUUCGUUUAACAAAUGAAAGUGAUCAGCAAUGGUUUUAUCGAAAACAAUUUAUUCAAGCAUAUCGGAACGAUUAUAAUGAAGAAAGACUUUUAUGUCUUGCACAGUGUUAUGCAAAUACAAAAUGUCUUGGAUGCAAAUAUUCCGAACCAUUAAAAUCAUUACUUGAUCAACUAUCAGAGAGAUUUUCAAAUUUGCCUAUAAAACGUCCAACAAGUCAAGAACCAACCGAUGUAAAUAAUAAACGUAAUGCACCUAUAUCAAAUACAACAAUAUCCACCAAUCCAUUGAAUACAAAUUUUUCUAAUCAAUCAAAUUUUGUUUCAUUCUCAUCAUCAGUUACAUCUGAACCACAACCACCACAAUCAAUUGUUUCUUAUUCUCAGCAAAAUAAAUCUUCAAAUAUUGAUCCAAAAACAAGAUUAUAUGAAACAACUGAAACAAAACUUGCUCGUCUACAAACAUUUACUACUCAACUUAAACAAUCAAUACAAUUAGCACAAAAUCGUGCAGGUAACGAUGAAAAUGAUCAUGCUAUUGAACAUAUAUAUCAAAUUGGUACACAACAACGUUUAUUUAUUGAUUAUCGUCCAGAUGAAUUAACUGAUCAAUUAAAUUCUCAUGGAACACUUGCAAAUUCAUUUUUAACCAAACUUUUUCGUGGUAAACUUUAUAUUGAUGAUAUUUAUGUAUGUUCAGGUGAAGGUACAAAUAAAAAAUUAUGUAAACGAAAUUGUUUUCAACAAGCAUUAAAUCGCUUACUCUAUGAAAAUUUUGAUGUAAAUUUAUCUAUAAAUAAAGAUGGUCGAGAACAAUAUGAACUUAAAACAAAAAUUUCAAAUGAAAAUCAAGAAGAUUUUUCUAUAGCAGAUAAUCAAGAUAAAGAAUUAUUUCCUAUACCAUUAAAUCAUCCAAUGGCUAAUACAAAAAUGAAUUUUGUUCAUGCAAGAGAUACAUUAACGAUAGCUGGACGUACAGCUCGACAACAAAAUAAACUUGAACAACAAUAUUGGCAACAAUGGGGUCGAGGUACACCUUUCUCAGUAAAACCAAGACGUUCACAAAGAUCUCUAUCACCACCACCACCGGUACCACAUCAAAAAUUAAAUGAAACGACGACAACAACUAUUGAAGCAUUAUCAACUACACCAGCUAGUGUUGCUAAUAUCAUUGCUGAUAUGGAACAAGCAGCUCAACAAGAAAAUAUGGAUACUAAAGAAUCGAAUUCUUCAUAUUCAAUAAAACUAAUCGAUGGUCAAAUCAAUCAUGUACCAUUAAUUCAACAGCCAGUAUGUUCUGAAGCAGUCAGAAAUGCUGUUGAUCCAGUGUUAUUAUCUCAACAACGUGCCAAAUUAGCUAAAAUGCAAACAUUUCUUUUUAGUUUAUUAAAUACUUUAGCUGAUGCAAGUCAUUCUAUUGAUCUUAUAUCAACACAAUGUAAUAAAUAUCAUUUAAAUAUUGAUUUUGAAUGUGCUGAUAAACCAACAUCAAACGGUUUUCAUGGUCAUUUAUUAAUUGAACAAAUUGAAGUUGCUGAUGGAUUCGGUAUUAAUAAAAAAUUAGCAAAAAAACAGGUAUAUGCCAAUGCAUUAAAAUCCAUCUCAUCAGCUAAAUCAUUUUCUCUUGAAUUACGCAAAGAAAUUCGUUGGGCAUUAGUUUGUCAUCAAGAUAGUACAGGUUUACUUAAAAUACCACCACCUCGUCGACCAAUGGCAUUACGUACUGAAGAUCGACCAAGUCGUUGGGGACCACCAACUAAUUUAUCAGCUGUUACAACAUCUACAACAUCAGCUGUACGUCAUUUUCAUGAACGUCGUGUUGAAGAAGGUUAUCAACGUGAAAAAGAAUAUCAUCCUGGAAAUGGUGUAUGUAUUCCUCCACCAGCAUUAAUUGAACCUCCAUUAACACGUGUAGAUAUUGGAAGAGAUCUAACAAAAUGUACUUCAUCAACGGAUGAGGCUAUUGCAAAUAAUAUACGUCGUCUUAUUCCAAAUACAUUUGUUAUUUUUGAAUUACUUGAUUUUGACGAAAAUAUACCUGGUCAUUAUGUUUCAAUGUUAUUUACAUCAAUGUCAAAAAAUAAACUUGAACUUAAAUAUGAAUUUAUUCAUGUACCCAAUGGUUUUAUGAUAACAUAUAGUAUAAAUAAUCGAUUUUUUAUGUCAUGGAUAGCAUCAACAAAAAUAGCAGCUAAACAAAUGGGUGCUAAAAAAGCAAUUGAUAUUUUAAAAACACUUUAUCCAAGUAUAAAAACUAAACAUAUUGUUGGUGAUAUGUCUAUGAAUGAAAAUGAAAUAAUGAAUAUUAAAUGUAGAUUAAUAAAACGUGCACAAUUAUAUGAUCAACAAUUAUUAAUAGCAUCUAUGACAACAACAAAUACAAAUCCAGAACAAAAAGAAGAUAUGGGUUCAAAAUUAUUGAAAAAAAUGGGUUGGAUAGGUGGAGGAAUUGGAAAAGAUUUACAAGGUAUUGCUGAACCAAUACAAAUUGAAGAUUUACAAGGACGAAAAGGUUUAGGUAGCAAUAGUUUAUUUCCAAAUCAAAUUUUUAUAAAAAAUUUAAGACAUAUACUCGAAGAAUUUAUUUCAACAAAUGAUGAUGAUGGAGAAUUACAAUUUGCUAAUGAAUUUAAUAGUGAAGAAAGAAAAUCUAUUCAUAAAGAAGCUAUGAAAUUACAUUUAACAUCAAAUUCAUAUGGUCGCGAUGGUGAUAGACGAAUUCGAAUUACACAAAAACGUAAUGUUGAUCAACUUGUUGAUCAUUUAUUAACUCAUGGUGGUAAAACAGCACGAUAUGAAUUGAAAGCUCAAACACAACCAAGACCUUCAUAUCCUACUAAAUCCACACAACGUUCAUAUGCACAAAUGGCACCGCCACCAUCACAAUGGACAGCUCCGGAUGCUUGUGAUGAUGAAACUUUAUAG